CUUGCUUGUUCUUCUUUAAAUAACGGCUUCCGAUGCGAUACAUCAAUCCCAAACCCAAAGAAACCUAAAUAUGGCUUCAGAGAUGUCAAGUAUUGAAGUAUGGGUAGUUCCAUUUAUUGGGCAAGGCCAUCUCUUCCCGUCCAUGGAACUCUGCAAGCACUUGGCCUCCGUCCACCUCAAAACCACCCUUGUAAUUCCCUCCACUCUUUCCUCCUCCAUCCCCUCCUCCUUCCGCCAAUACUCUCUCAUCGAUAUCGCUGAGCUACCUUCACCACCUCCACCGCCUCCGUCGCAUCCAGGAUCGCAGUCACCUCAUCACUUCCACGCAGAAAACAACUCAAUGGCUGGUUGCCUUGAAAAUCUCCUUUCGACUCGAUCUGAUUUGCACCGACACGUUUUUGCUGUUGUGGAUGUCAUGAUGAGCUGGACCGGCGAAAUUUUCAAGAAAUCCGGUGUUCCCGUUAUUGGGUUUUUCACUUCCGGCGCGGCCUCCGCCGCUAUGGAGUAUGCUAUGUGGAAGGAGCAGGCGAAAGAUAUCAAACCCGGCGAGGUUCGUCUACUACCCGGAUUACCCGAGGAAAUGGGUCUUACUGACUCGGAUCUAAAACAACGUCCUCAUGGGCCUCCCGGUGGUCCUCCCGAUGGUCCUCCCGGUGGUCCUCCUGGUGGUAGAGGCAGUCCACCUGGCCUACCACCACCGUUUGCUGGAAAAAAGAGAAAGGGCCCACCUACACCUGGUGGGCCACCACCGUGGCUAGAGGAAACAGAAGGCUUCAUCGGCUUAAUGAUCAAUACGUGUCAUGAACUUGAGGGUCCAUUUCUUGAUUACAUCGCUAAUCAAGUUGGGAAACCGGUUUGGGGUGUGGGCCCUCUUCUGCCUGAACAGUUCUGGAGCUCAUCUGGCUCGCUUGUACACGAUCAUGACAUCCGAACCAACAGCAGACCAUCCAAUGUCACCGAGGAUCAGGUGAUUGAAUGGCUGGAUUCAAAGCCACGUGGGUCAACACUCUACGUAUCAUUCGGCAGUGAAGUGGGUCCCAGUUUAGAAGAAUUCCAGCAACUUGCUGAUGCACUCGAAGCAUCAAACCGUCCAUUUAUUUGGGUCCUACAACCCGGUUCAGGUAGACAGGGUCCACCACGCCCAUUCUCAGAGGACGAACCCGAAGCCGGAUACUUUCCUCACGGUUUGAACCAGAAAGUUGGUGAAAAAGGCUUGAUAAUAUGUGGGUGGGCACCACAAUUGCUUAUACUGAGCCAUGAAUCAACGGGUGGAUUUUUAUCACAUUGUGGUUGGAAUUCAACUGUGGAGGCCAUUGGUCGAGGGGUCCCACUUUUGGCAUGGCCCAUUAGAGGUGACCAAUACCACAAUGCCAAGUUGGUUGUGAAGCAUCUGAAGGCGGGGUACAUGAUUUGUGAAGAUCAGUCUCAAAUUGUUGAGAAGGAUGACAUAGUAAAGGGAAUUGAGAAACUAAUGGAGGAUGAAGACAUCAAGAGGAGAGUAACAGUGUUGAGUAAUAAGUUCGAGCAUCGAUUCCCGACAAGUUCAGUGGCUUCUUUCGAUGCUUUUAAAGCCUUCGUCAAUCAGAAAGUUGCAUAAGCUGUUUAACAUUUGAAUGAUUUAUCGUUUUUGUAUUUUUUUGCUUGAUCUGCUAUUAAACAAUGAUGCUUUGCUGCUAAGCAAAUUCAAUUUCA